UUGUCGAGCGCAUGCGCAGACCGCUGGCAGGUUACACGAGUUUAUUUUCAGCCUUAUUGGGGACGGGUCAUGAUAUUGUAAACUGCCUCUCAGUUUGCAUGAAUUUGUGUCUUUCCCGAGGCCUUGAGGUUCAGUGAGGACACGUUUCUUGGUCGCCGAGGUUUGGGAUUCAGCGCUAACAUGUGAAAUGCUGUUGCGUGGUUUAUCCAUUUCUGCAGGCGGCGGUAGACAGACCGAGCCAGGCUAGUUUAGCUAGCUAACUAGCAAAGUAGCCCAGCUAGCUAACGGCAGCGUUAGCCUCGUCCUGGCUGUGUGGUGUCGUAACGUUCAUUACAGUUUUGAUUUGUCGUUUUAAGUGUUCCUACGGUGACGGCCCAGCUGUCCAGCUUGCUUGGAUACACACCGGACUACGUCUUUAAUGCUCAGACGGAGCAGUCGAGCAAGUUAGCCGCUGUUAGCUACGGUUUUGUUUCUGUUCUUUGCUGCCAGCGCAGUGAAUGACUGCUCCUCCAAGCUAACGACACCAACAUCCAUCAUCACCAGAAACUCCUUGUUUACUGAACAGACCGCUGCAAGCCGCCGUGCUGAAAUGCAACGCUGACAUACAUGUCUGUUCGCUAACUUGGCUAGUUUCAUUACGGCCUAGUGUAUUUGUUUUGAAUGACAUGGCAGCCAGCGGAUACUCAGACUUGAGGGAGAAGCUGAAAUCCAUGACUCCACACAGAGACGAAUAUAAGAAUAAAUAUGCGGACGGCACAAAUGGCAGCAGGAAAAGUCGAAAGCGCAAGUUCCGGGAGUCAGAGGAUGACGAGCUUGAUCACAGUGAUGACAACGGGGAGCCCCGGGAGCAAGAGGCCCGCCGGGUCAAGAGUGGCAUCAUGCAGAAGAGCAUAUUCUCGCCUGAGGAGUGUGCCCGCAUUGAGGAGAAGAUUGAUGAGGUGGUUGCAAAGGGAGAGGCUGGACUGUACCGUGAGCACACUGUGGACAGGGCACCCCUCAGGAACAAAUAUUUUUUUGGAGAGGGAUACACUUAUGGAGCCCAGCUGGAGAAACGUGGACCGGGCCAGGAGCGGCUGUACCGCAAAGGAGAGGUCGACGAGAUCCCAGGUUGGGUGCACGAGCUGGUGAUCAAGCGGCUGGUGUCUGAUGGAGUGAUCCCAGAAGGCUUUGUUAACAGUGCAGUGAUCAAUGACUACCAACCAGGAGGCUGCAUCGUGUCACACGUCGACCCACUCCACAUCUUUGCACGGCCCAUUGUGUCGGUGUCGUUCUUCAGUGACAGUGCUCUCUGCUUUGGCUGCCGCUUCCAGUUCAAACCAAUUCGUGUGUCGGAGCCAGUGCUUGUCUUGCCAGUGAGGAGAGGGAGUGUCACAGUGCUCAGUGGCUACGCUGCAGAUGAUAUCACCCACUGCAUCCGACCCCAAGACAUCAAGGAGAGGCGUGCGGUUAUCAUCCUUCGGAAGACCAGACCUGAUGCUCCUCGUCUGGAUUCUGACAGUCCUUUGAGCUCCUCCCCCACAGAGAGACCUGCUCCACUGAAAGCCAAACGCUCCCAUCGUAGAGCAGACCCUGAUGCUGCACACAGACCAAGGGUUCUAGAGAUGGAUAAGGAGGAGAACAGACACCCAUCCCUCUCCCGACACCGUCGUCAUAGCAACAGCUCGGAGAAUUACUGGAGGCGUGGCCAGGAUUAUGACAAACACCGAGAAAGUUCGGGACGGAAAGUCAAAAUGAGACGUCACUAAACACUUGAUGAUGUAUACACACACACACUCACUCACACACAUACACACAUAUACACAUACCAGUUCUUAAUUCAUUACACUUAAAAAUUUAACAUCUCUGAUCAAUCAUCACUUUCUCGCUCCCGUUUUACUCUACCAUGAGGAGCACAAUCAUCAUGUUAUCUGUCUUUUGAUUUGAGUCUGGAUUGGUUUGGUUGGUUGUUUGUUUCUAGUGGACGACAUCAGUGUCUGCUCUACAUUGUUGAUCAGCAUGUUAAUUAUUACAGCUCUCCUUUGUUGUUAAACUGUUCAGUUUUCCAAGUUAAACAUUUCCCUUUUCUGUUUUCAUAGAAAUCAAAAUGGCAUGUAUUUUUUGUAACCAAGAUGUACAGACCUUAAGAACUAAAAGAAAGAUGUAUGUAUGGACUUGUACAAAAAGAAAAACCUGAAACUGUAAUGUAACUUGUUAUAUUGUACAAUAAGUUUGUAUAGACUUUGAUUGGAGGAACUUUUGUGCAGAAAGAAAUAUGUACCUUUUUCACACAUACAGUUCUAAUCCAUACUUGUAUUGUGCCAUCCCAUAUCAUUCUUGUUCACUUAAGCCUCCUUUGUUCAGUUUGAGAUGCAGCAACUGUCAGGUUUGUAAACUGCCCUGAUAUAUUUGAAUUUGAUUCAUCUGUGUGGCACACCCUGUUGGUACAAAGAGACAAUGUGCUGUAUCAAAUAAGCUAAUGUUGUAUGGGGUAUUUAUACAAUUCAGUAAGGCCUUUUUACAGUCCCAUUUCAGUGCAGUUUCUUUUCCUUAGUGAAACAGAAUGGAUUUUUUUUUUUAUCGCUUUCCCAACAGGAAAAUAUUAAAUAUAAUUUUUCAAAAUUGAAAUUGGAUAUGUGGGUCAGUUCAAAAAGUGACUUGAGCAACAGCCUCAAUUCUUCAAUUUUACAGAUUAAUCUUAUCACUUCAUUGUGUAAACAGCCUAAUUUCAUUCUUGCCCCCAAGUCACACAUUGGUCAGACUUGGCCAAUGUCUGAUAAUGAAGUCUGGAAAUACGCAGUAGUAAACAAUAGCUUGAAUAGCAUACUUUGAAGGGGAGACCUCAUCUUAAAAACAGGGAGAGUUUUAUAGCUAUGUAAGCGAGAGUUUUGUCUAGAUAUGUGAACAGAAAAUGCCUUGCAAAAGAUUAAAAACAAACCAGUAGAUGAAA